AAAAGUACAGUAGACAUUCGGUCGGUGCAAACGGUUUAACUGCAAUGCUUUUUAACUGCAAGUCCGGUAAGUGCAACAAAUUUGCAGUUAUCGCACCGCCAAACGUCAAAAUCGUGCGCCAUGUUAGCCCUAAUGAACAGUCGAAUGAAUUUUUCGUUCAUUUUACGUCAAUUGAUGGCUUGUUGACACUGUCAGGCGUUGCAGUUAUCGGAUUUUCGUUCGCUAAGUGAAACGUAAACAUGUUGCAGUUAUCGAACGUCUACUGUAGUGGUAGAGUGUUGAAAAAGGAAACUUGUUGUCCAGAAAAGAGAGUGAGCUGAAGAUCUCAGCUGAGCUGUGAAAAAAUAAAAAAAGACCGGAAGAGAAAUAAAGCUGGAGUGUUGGAGGAAAAGUUUCUUGAGGAUUUGAUGAAAAGCGAGAAGCGGGCAAAAGAUGGAGAAAAGCGUAAACUGCGGCUGAUUUUAAGUGAAUUUCCUGUGAGAGCAAAAGCUGAUGGGCAAAGAAAAACUCAAGGUGAUCGUGAUCGAAUGAGUCAAACUGGUGAUCGUCCGACGGCGCAUCGUGACGGGCCAUCGGAGUGCGGCAACAGUGGCUGAUGCAUCAUCUGAAGAAUAAUUGGCAAGGAAACGCCAUCCGGGUGAGAGAAUUCCAGUUUCAUCCUUGUUAGGAACAAUGGCGUAAACUUAAAUUAUUGCCAAUAGAACUAGAUAUUUUGGUUGCCUUGGCGAAACGGAGAGGAGACAGCCAAACAACCCUUUUUACAUUUCAUACUGUCGUGUCUCUAUUACUUUUCACACAUGAUGCUUGUUUUCACGGUUUUAAAACAACAUUUAUCUAACAUUUAUCCAUCUUCUCAUAAAAUCACAGUAAAAUUAGCAUUAUUAACAAUCAAAAACUUCACCAAUUCUCGUACCAAAAUCCAAACUCCUUUCUAUUUACGAGGGCGUUGGUGAGUCGCUUGUUUCUCGAUAAAUAGGUAUCAUCCCUUCCUUGCUACCCCUUCCCAUCCCUGAAGAAAGAUGGCCCAAGGAGUGGCAAAACCUUUUAGCUACGUCACUCCAAACGUUGGUGUUCAAACAUACUCAAACACUUACACUCACAUCACCACAUCGACAUGUACUACUCAAGCAAAUACACUCACACAAUCUGAAUCUUGUCGGAUCACUCGCUUAUAGUGAAUCCCAAAUCGAUCCAUUUCAAAUCUCCAACUCCUUGACACCUAUGGGGGCGCCGGUGAGUCGCUGGCCUUCCAUAAAGCAAGUGUCAUAUCAUCACAUCAUUUCCUAUCCUCGUAACGGAGAAGAUGGGCGUGGCCGGCAAUGGAAGUUUUCAUGUCUUUUUACUUCAACCUCUAAUUGGAUAGCUAUUCCCUCCCAUACAAAAAUACAGGUCCCGUGACGUGGGUAGAUCACCUUGGAAUGGUGCGUUGCGGCGUAAGAUCAACCUCCACAUCAGAUUUCGAUUUUAUGUUUUUAUACCCAAAGUAGCCGAACAGCGGCUCGAGAUUUGAUGUUUUUUUUUCUUAUUUUUGUAUUUCAACUUCUGCUGAUUUUUUUUUCAGGAGUAGGUAUUUAGGUAAAUUUAGCGCACACAAAUAAAUGCUAAUCUCACAGAUAAACAGACGUAACACUCCGAACGUUUUUCGAUUCAAAUUCUAGUCACGGAAACAUAUUCGCCCAAUGCUAAAAGGACUGAGUUUGGCGCGUACCAUAUCUGCUUAUUGUGACAUAGUGCGACAUAUAUGGCUAUAACUUUUCAACGGUAUGAUCAAAUUGAAUGAAAUUUUGACAAAUUACUUCUACAUACAUACUUUAUGUACAUAAAAAUUUUCAUUGUAAUCGGUUCAGUAUUUUUGGCGCCAGAGUUGAAACGACAAAAAGGUGAUAUUUUCCAAAAUGUUUGCACAAGAUUCUCAAGUGGUAAUUCCCUUGCUUUAACGAUAUCUCCACCAAUACUCAACCGAUUUUAAUGAAAAUCGUAUGGUAUUAGCUACACAUAAUAUACUAUUCAUGGUCAAAAAGCUAUUAUGGCGAACGCAAUCAAAAGUUAUACAAUAUUUUCUGUAUGCCAAUUUCAUCGUGGACACUCUUUAUAAGGGACUUUGUCAUAGAAACAAGCCCAAGUUGACCCUACCCUACUGCUAGUACUUAUAAAUUUAUGUUCAUAUCAUCACUAAAAUAGUAUUGUAUAGCUAUUGUCUUUCAAUUUAUCUCAAGUAUUAUACCUUGAGAUAUGGAAACUCAAAAUCCAAUCUUCAUGUAACGCAAGACUGCCAAUGAGCUACACUUCUCUCCGUGUGUGAGAAGCAUCUCCUCAUUUUUACUCACUACCAAUCAACUCACAGUUUUUGUUGUUGGAUUUGUAUAAAGUUGGAUGCGUUCAUUCGAACAUAAAUAAAAACAAAAUCCAAUGUUUGAGAGAAUGUAUCAAAAUAGAAUCGUUAGCAUUAAGCUGAAAAUUGCUGUUUGUUUUGGAAUAAAUUUUAGAUCUUUUUGCAGUUAUUUAGAGACAACUGAACUUUGGUAUAUGUGUGGGCUGAAAACUCGCUAAUAAAGCUUUUAAUAACAAGUGACAUAAUCGUACAAUAAAACAUGGCUAUGGCAGUAACUUCUACAGAAACGACUGAUACCAGAAGUUUGCACCAAGUCUGUAGACUAUGUUUAAGUAAAGAAUCGCUUGCUGAUCUGUUCAAAGAUAGUAAUUUACAUCAAUGGAUAACGGAUUUCAUGUCAAUAAAGAUAUCCAUCGAAGACCGGCUUAGCAAAGCGAUAUGUGCUAUGUGUCGGCAACGGUUAACCGAAUUCCAUCAUUUCCGGGAACGUAGUCUGGAAGUUCAAGGUGUGCUGCGCUCUAUGCUUCAGAAUAAAGAUGUCUCGGUAGAAACUGUGAUGACGGACAGCAAGAAGAACAAGGAUUCAAAUGAACAUAGAUGUACACUUUGCGGGAAAUCAUUCUUGAAAAGUCAACAUUUGGACAAACACAUGAAAAAUCAUACCAACAUGAUUCAUGAUAAUAAGAAAAAGCUUCUUUCGGAGGGCAAUGCAGCACUCAUUGAACCAAAGGAGAUAAAAAUCGAACCUAUUGAGGAAAGCGAUAUAGAACCUGAAACGCAAAGACCAAGCUCUACAAGUACACCAGAAACCCUUACUCAACGCGGCAGUCGUCAGAAUAGCAGUGCGAUUCGUAGUCGUGAGGGAGAACACCAUGAUGGAUUGUUUAUCGGGGAGAUAGAAUGUGAACCAGCAAUGAUCGACAUAGACGACGUGAAAGUUGAGUCCAAUACAGGGGGUGAUGUUGAAUUCCAUAUUGAUGUGGAUGUACUACCAGAUAAAACUUCGAGUGAAAUCUGCGCCAACGCAAGCAAUGGUAUGUUGCCUAUUAAUCGAAAAGAGGUCGCAAGAAACGUUGAAUCAUUUCAAUGCAACAAAUGUCAUAAAACAGUACAAUCUGGACGGGCACUUUGGAGCCACUACAGGACCGUCCAUGGGCCAAAGAACCAUAUGUGCCGUAUUUGCGAAAUUGGGUUCCCUUUUCUGAAAGAGUUGAAGAAGCAUGAGGUAACCAACAAGCAUGUUAUGAAACUGAAGGAAAUCGAGGAAAAUCAGUCGUCAAAAGUCCAAAAAGAAUCCGAAGAUAUUUCAGAUGUCUGCGAAAACCAACAAAUGACAGAAAACAAUAACAAAAAUCCAAGUUCGAAGCCAAAUCGGAAGCUUAAACGAAAACGGCAAGCUAAAGAAUACAUGAAUAACUAUAGCGAAGUAGAAGAAGAACAACCAAUCCACCGAAAGCAUAAGGAAUACCUGACUGAGGAAGCUGAUGCUGAUUACAGGCCGCAUAUCUCUACCACCGAUCAGUCACUUCAAAGUAUUCUCAGUGGUGAUGGUGAACAACUGCAUUGUGAUAUCUGCCAUGAGGUGUUCCCAAACGAUAAGAAACUGAUGCUUCACAAGAAAUAUCAUGGUUCGAAACGGCACGAGUGUUCCAUCUGCGGGAAGACAUUCCUGAAUCGGUUUGUACUGCAAGAGCACAUAUCGUCGCAUGGUUCCAGAAAACCCAAACCCAAAUCAGCAAAAGCGGUGGUGGUACCACAGCGAAAUGUUCCUGGUAAACCGUACAAGUGCCACAUCUGCCAAAAGGUUUUCAAGCUACAAAGCUCAUUGCGGAAUCAUCGCAACGAAAAGCAUGCACAACGGACACACGGGUGUCAAUUUUGUGGCCGUUUGUUUGCAACAGGAUUUGACUUGCAAUGGCAUAUGAAGAUUCAUUUCAAUAGUGAUGGCGAAGAGACUGAAGGGAUGAAUGAAGUAAAGGAAAUAAAGUUUACUCCCUAGGUUGACAUGCAACACCGGAGACCAUAGGUACAAAAAGCUACAUUCCAUUUCUUAUACGGCUUGGAAUACCAAUGGAAUGCAAUGAAAUUAUUCAACCUGGACUGAACGUGAAUUAUAUUGAUAUUGCCUAAGGUGUA